AUGGCGGACCGUUACUCAUUCUCCCUGACUACUUUUUCCCCCAGCGGAAAGCUGGUCCAAAUUGAAUAUGCCUUGAACGCAGUCAACCAGGGUGUUACCGCCCUCGGAAUCAAAGCUACAAACGGCAUUGUCCUCGCAACAGAGAAGAAGUCCUCCUCGCCUCUGAUCGAUCCUCCCUCUCUGUCCAAGAUCUCAUUGAUCACACCAGAUAUCGGCAUGGUCUACGCUGGUAUGGGCCCCGACUACCGCGUGCUGGUCGACAAAGCACGCAAAGUCUCGCACACAGGCUACAAGCGCAUCUACAAUGAAUACCCACCCACCCGUAUAUUGGUUCAGGACGUUGCUCGAGUAGUGCAAGAAGCUACGCAAUCCGGUGGUGUGCGGCCGUACGGUGUUAGUCUGUUGGUCGCUGGUUGGGACGAGGGCGUUGAGCCUGAGUCGCAAGAGGCUAAAAAGGACGACCCCGAGGAGAAGACCUCUAGCAAGACUGGUGGUAUUCAGAAGGGUGGGCCCAGUUUGUACCAGGUCGACCCUAGUGGCAGCUACUACCCAUGGAAGGCGACGGCCAUUGGUAAACACGCAACGAGUGCCAAGACGUUCCUCGAGAAACGGUACACUGAAGGACUGGAGCUGGAAGAUGCCAUCCACAUUGCACUGUUGACACUCAAGGAAACAAUCGAGGGUGAGAUGAAUGGUGACACAAUAGAAAUCGGUGAGAUUUGGCUUUCCCCUAUCCUAGGAAUCGGUGGACAUCGACUAACAAACCCCGUAGGCAUUGUUGGCCCGCCAGCGGACCACCUGCUGGGCUUCGAGGGAGUGGAGGGCGCUCAGGGACCACGGUUCCGAAAGUUGACCAAGGAACAGAUUGAGGACUACCUGACCAAUCUAUGA